GGCAUUCAUAUGGAGUGCGCUGUUGGCCUCUGAAGCGUCGGAGCUGGAUUUGGCCAGCCCGUUCUCCCUCUGUUUUGGAAAGUGGAAAUUCCUGAAGGCACUUCACUUCAGGUUUCUGGUGGGGAUCUAAACAUGCAUGCAGAGACUUUGGUGAACUCCGUCUUAGUUUCUUUGCUUUUCAUCUCGCUCUCUGCCAUUCAAGGAAGUUUACAGCAGUCGCUAAGGCAGGUGGGUGGAGAGUGUAAGAUCUCUCCUGAAUCAUCGCUGAGGCGCUGUCGGACCUCCGACGGCUUGAUCUGUAGCGGGAGAGGCACAUGCGAGUGUGGAAUCUGCAUUUGCCAGGUCACAGAACCAGGAACGUUCUAUGGACCGCGGUGUGAAUGCCAUGACUGGGUCUGUCCUAUGUAUGAUGGGAAGACCUGUGGAGAUCAUGGGAUAUGCAACUGUGGCAAGUGCUUCUGUGAUGAAAACUGGUUUGGUGAAUCCUGUCAGUACGAGGAGCAGUGUUCGCUCUCCAGCAAAACCAGCAAAGACCUCUGCCGCAAUGCCCAGGGUGUAGUUUGCUCCAAUGCAGGCACCUGUCACUGCGGCAGCUGCAUGUGCCACAAUCCCGAUGGGAAAAGCCUGAUCAGUGGACGCUACUGCGAGUGUGACGACAGCGAGUGUUUGGAUGAAGACUCUGGAGAAGUGUGUGGAGGCCAUGGAAAGUGUUACUGUGGAAACUGUUACUGCUCUGCUGGUUGGCAUGGAGAUAAAUGUGAGUUCCAGUGUGCCAUCAGCCCAUGGGAGAGUAAGCGGAGAUGCACAUCUCCAGAUGGCAAGAUCUGCAGCAACCGAGGCACAUGUGUAUGCGGCGAGUGCACCUGCUAUGAAGUGGAUCCCUCAGGAGACUGGGGUGACAUUCAUGGAGAAACCUGCGAGUGUGACGAGAGAAGUUGCCAUGCCAUGUACGACAGAUACUCAGAUGAUUUCUGUUCAGGUCACGGCCAGUGUAACUGUGGCAGGUGCGACUGCAAGGAAGGCUGGGCUGGAAGGAAAUGCGAUCAUCCCCUCUCCUGUUCGCUGUCUGUGGAAGCCAGUCAGAAGAAGUGUCGGGGAACCUCCAGUCUGCCCUGCUUUGGCAGAGGUAAUUAAGUCUAGUGUCUAUUC